CCAGAAAUUCUGCAGCCUUCAGUAAUCGAUUGUCACUUUGUGUAAAUCGAUUAUCUCCUGCUCCAGAACCCUGAACUCAAAGCUGAAUCAUUCCUUGAGUCCUCCUCAAAAUAGCAACUCGUUUAGACCCCCGGUUUGGGUAUAACAUUUGGUAUCAGAGCUUUGUGUUGAACAUCCCUAAGGGAUCAUCUUGACACGCCUCCCUCAUCUCUUUUGUCAACCAUACACUCUUCAAGCAAUAUAUCCACCAUGCCAAGCUCUUCUCAAAACAUGUUUCAAGGGGAAUUAGCUGCUUCCCAAGAGACACUAAAGAAGGAAGUUGAGCUUGUGAUGAAACAAAUCAAGGAGCUCACUAAUUCAGUGGAGAUUCCCACGCUUGAGGGAAGAAACGACCCGGAGAAGUUCUCAAAGUGGCUAGCAAAAGUUGAAGACGUCUUUACACUCAAAGACGUGCCCGAAGACAAGAAGGUCAAGCUAGUGGCGGCAAAGUUUCAAAGACAUGCCUCUACUUGGUGGGCUAGCGUUGCUUCAAAACGAAAGCUCCAAGGAAAAGCGAAGGUGAGAGCUUGGGAAAA